GAUUUUUUUUGUUCUGUUCCAGUGGUCACGUGUGCACAUCACCCAAUCAAAUGGCAGUUUGCUCUCAACUUAUUAGCUGACUGGAGCUUUGUGAGGGGGAAGUUGCCUCUCCAUUUUCACAGAUUGUUAUUUUGUGAGCGUGUUACUGUAUGUGCGUGUUAGUGUUUUUAUGUGUGUGUAUACAUGAGAGUGCGUCCCUGCCAUGUCGACAUCCGGAGCUCUGACAGGAUAUUAUGUUGACUCUCUUGUUAUGCCGGACAACGAGGAGACUCGCUUCUCCUCAGGUUCAGGUCUCAUUCAGCACAGGCCCUCCGUUCUACUACCCACAGACCAUACAGAGCUCGGUCCCUGCACAUUCCCGGUAAAGCAACCCGUUUAUGGUGGCUCGGGUUGGGGCCACAUCCCCACGCAUUUCUCCAGUGCUGUACCAUCAGUGUAUCAGCCGCAUACGCAACCUCCAGUAGCUGGGGAUUACGUGCAGUCUUGGCUCUUGGACUCUGCAUGUGGGCUGCCUCUCACUGAGCUACCGACGGUCCAUCAUCACUAUCAUGCCAAACCUGAUACAAACAGAACGAAUGAUAACGGCACAGAGGCCAGUUCACAUGCCGUACUCCCUUCUAGAGACUUCAGUAACGGAGGAUGUUCUACCGACACUGAGACAGUAUCUGGCCGGACUGCUGAUAAGGGAGGCGAUGUAGAGGAGAAACCGGGCGCUGAUCCAGACAACCCUGUGUCCAACUGGCUUCACGCGAGCUCGACGCGUAAAAAACGAUGCCCUUAUACUAAGCACCAGAUCCUCGAGCUGGAGAAAGAGUUUUUAUUUAACACUUACCUCACGCGCGACCGGCGGUUCGAAGUCGCCCGUCUACUGAACCUCACGGAGAGACAGGUCAAAAUUUGGUUCCAAAACCGCAGGAUGAAGAUGAAAAAAUUAAACAAAGAUGGAACGAAGGACGACUAAGAAUUAAGCACUUCGUGUAGGUGAGGAUGUGAGAUAAUCCAUCCUUUAAUUGAAAUGAUAAUUUCGUGGGAUAUUACAUUAGGCCUAGGUCUUGUGUUAUUCAAGCAUUUUCUUAAAGCAUGCUUGGAACCAAUAGUUUUAUAUAUUAGGCUAUUUGGAUUAGGCUAUUGUUUGUCAAAAGUGGUUCCAUUUUAAUGAAUACGGCACUAAUCUAUUUUUCAGACGUAUGUUUAAAUACUCGCUGACGCAGCAUUUUUCACAAUUCUGUAUUUCAU